UCCGUGAGCAUCGGCAAUUUGAAGCAAAGCGGUUUGGAGCGACUUGACCGACUUGCUUGCGCACGAGGUGUCUCAUCGCGAGGAUGUUGAUGGCAGUUCCGAUCUCGCGACUGCGACAGUGGUGGCACCGAAUCGCCGACAGAAAUAUUGCUUAGAAGAAACGAUGCAUUCUCGCGCUACUGCCAUUUUCCCCGAAUAUUCUGCCUUAUUUGUGAAUCAAUAAUUUACCAGGAGGAACAGGGUCCCACACAGCCUGAAGCAGGUGAGAGGGACGGAGCCUAUAGCCAUAAAGAAGAAUAGCCAAAGCCACCCUCUCUUUCUCAGUUGUGAAGUGACAAAGAGCCAUGUCCCAGAAGAAGUUCUUCCUGGUUCUGCUGGUGAUCAGUAGCGUCAGCCUCUUGUUGCACCACGGAGGACACUUCAGCUGGACCAUAAAGGCCUUCCUGGGCUGCCCCUCCCUGCGGCCCCUCCCCUCGUCGGGGCUGAAGGCCAAGCACACCAGCGUCGCCUUCCUGAAGACGCACAAGACGGCCAGCACCACCGUGCAGAACAUCCUGUUCCGCUUCGCCGAGCGCCACAACCUGACGGUGGCGCUGCCGGUGCAGGCGUGCGCCCACCAGUUCUGCUACCCGCGCCCCUUCAGUGCCCGCUUCGUGCACCCGCACACCGUGCCCGCCCGCGUGGUCGCCAGCCACAUGCGCCUCAACGCCAGCGAGCUGCGCCGCGUCGUGCCCGCCGACGCCGUCUACGUCACCAUCCUUCGCGAGCCGGCCGCCAUGUUCGAGUCGCUCUUCAGCUACUACAACCAGCACUGCCUCAGCUUCCGCCGCGUGCCCAACGGCUCCCUGGAGGCCUUCCUGGACGACCCCUGGCGCUACUACCGCCCGGAGGAGAAGGACUCCAUGUACGCCCGCAACACGCUGACCUUCGACCUGGGCGGGGAGAAGGACCGCCCCCCCGCGGACGCGGCCUACGUGGCGGCGCUGGUCGGGGAGGUGGAGCGGGUCUUCUCCCUGGUGAUGAUCGCCGAGCACUUCGACGAGUCGCUGGUGCUGCUGCGCCACCUGCUGUCCUGGGACCUGGAGGACGUCCUGUACGUCAAGCUGAACAUGCGCAGCCCCGGGUCCCGCCGCAGCCUGGGCGCCGGCCUGCCCGCCCGCAUCCGGGCCUGGAACGCGCUGGACGCCCAGCUGUACGACCACUUCAACGCCUCCCUGUGGCGGCGCCUGGCGGGCCUGGGCGCGGCCUGCGUGGGGCGGGAGGUGCGGCUCCUCCGCCGGGCCCGGGACAGGCUGGUGCGGGGCUGUUUCGGCGGGCGGCUGCCCCAGCUGCGCCCCGCCACCCAGAUCCGCAACAAGGAGCUGCGGCCCUGGCAGCCCAGCGCCCGGGUGGACAUCGUGGGCUACGACCUGCCCCACAACGGCUCGCGCCCGGCGGGGCCGUCCCAGGACGUGUGCCUGAAGCUCAUCAUGCCCGAGGUGCAGUACUCCCAGCGCCUGCUGCACAUCCAGUCCCUGCGCUACCGCAGGGGCUACCCCAAGCGGCUGCCCCCGCCCCUUCGCCCCACGCUGGCCCGCCGCCGCCUGCACGUGGGGUCCUUCCGGGACUUCCUGGGCCCCGCCCUCAACCAGCGGCCCGCGGGGUCGCAGAGCCGGGCCGGGAGGGGCGGCCGAUUCUCACGCCGGCAGCUGUCGUAGGGCCGAAUCUCCAUGGCAACAGGCUGGGAUGGGCUGUCUGGCCCCGCCCUGACGCAACGUCGCCUUCCCGUCCCCCCCCCUCCCCCCCCGCCCCCCCCGGGACUUGGCAUAGAGCACGUUGCGCAGUGCUCUGCUUCCUUCAGUGUCUUUGUGGAGGGGGGGAGGGGCCCAAAAUGGUGUCUGGAGUCAGGUGUCCCUGCUGACCACACAACACCCCCCC